UGUCCCGAAGACCUGUCAAGUAGCUUCCCAGUCUCUUUGGAGGGAGGUGACACACACCUCUGGUAAUACAGCAAAGUUUGGCUUGUCUCAGAAGAGCCUUAGCUGCCUGCAGCUCUGAGCUGGAGGUGGUCCUCUUCGGCGGGGACCCUCCUCCCCGGGAGGGCAGGGACUCGGUGCCUGGCAGCAGGGGAACCCUGCGAGUCGUUCGCAGCCCUGCUGUGUCAUUGCAGUCCAGGGGGAGACCUGUGCCUAGCUUUGUAGAGUUCUUCAGACUCCUCUCGGCAUGGUGUGUAUGAAGCCUGGAUGGGACCUUGAGAGCAAGAAGGGCAGCUUGUAGAUUAUAAAAUGCUGCUGGAAGAAAAGAAGAUGUGAAACUGGAUUGUAAGGGCUAUCAAGUCACAUAAUAGGUGCCAGAGAACUUCAGCCAUCAAGUCUUCAGUAGCUCCUUCCUACAGCAGAUGGUCCAGCUCGCAGCCGCACCAGUCCAGUCCUGCGGCGCGAGCCUAUCAAACCAGUAAGUCACGCAUGACCAUGAGCCCUGGCUUCAGUACCCAGUGGAACAGCGGCCAGCCAGCUUGGAACACAUGCUCCUUUCCAAGAGCAAGCUUGCACUACCAAUCCCAUGCCAGCUACACCUACUGCUCAGGACACCCUGCUCAGUCCUAUGCAACAGCCUCGCACCCCAUGGCUCCUCCCAGCCCCAGCACCAACAACGGCAGCAGCAACAGCAGCAGCAACAGCAGCGGGGAACAGUUGAGUAAAACCAACCUGUACAUCCGAGGCCUUCCGCCAGGCACCACUGACCAGGACCUCAUCAAGCUAUGUCAACCGUAUGGGAAAAUUGUAUCCACCAAGGCAAUUCUUGACAAAAACACGAAUCAGUGCAAAGGUUAUGGUUUUGUCGACUUUGACAGUCCCGCCGCCGCCCAGAAAGCAGUGGCCUCCCUGAAGGCAAACGGGGUGCAAGCACAGAUGGCGAAGCAACAAGAACAAGACCCAACCAAUCUAUACAUCUCCAAUCUCCCCAUUUCUAUGGAUGAACAAGAACUGGAGAACAUGCUGAAACCCUUUGGACACGUGAUCUCCACCAGAAUACUGAGAGAUGCCAAUGGAGUCAGCAGGGGCGUUGGCUUUGCCAGAAUGGAGUCUACUGAAAAAUGUGAAGUCGUAAUUCAACAUUUUAAUGGGAAAUACCUGAAAACACCACCAGGAAUCCCAGCCCCCAAUGAGCCUCUACUGUGCAAAUUCGCUGAUGGAGGACAAAAGAAGAGACAAAAUCAAAGCAAAUAUACUCAGAAUGGCAGGCCAUGGCCCAGAGAAGGGGAGGCUGGCAUGGCUUUGACCUAUGACCCCACGGCCGCCAUUCAGAAUGGAUUUUAUUCUUCACCGUACAGUCUUGCAACCAACCGCAUGAUCCCACAGACAUCUAUCACGCCAUUCAUCGCUGCCUCCCCUGUGUCCACAUACCAGGUCCAGAGUACUUCAUGGAUGCCCCACCCGCCAUACGUUAUGCAACCAACAGGUGCUGUGAUCACGCCAACCAUGGACCAUCCCAUGUCCAUGCAGCCGACAAACAUUGUGGGUCCACUGGCACAACAGAUGAACCACCUGUCACUGGGCACAACAGGAACGAUUCAAUCCCAAGACAGAAUUAUGGUACUCCACCAGCUGUUAUGUCAGUAUAUGACUGCCGCCCCUAUGCAAGGGGCCUACAUUCCCCAGUACACGCCCGCGCCUCCGACAGCCGUUUCCAUCGAAGGUGUUGUUGCUGAUACCUCUCCCCAGUCAGUGGCUCCUUCAUCCCAGGACACCAGUGGUCAACAGCAACAGAUAACAGUGGACACGUCCAGCGAACACGCACCUGCAUAUUCUUACCAACAGUCAAAACCAUAAGCAGGAGUGGAUAAUGCCCAUCCGAGUUUUUGCCUUGAAUGAAGAAACUUCAUUGAACAAGAAGUUAGCUGACUUCCAGUUUGCAAAGUUAUCAGUGGAAGCCGGUUUUUUUUUUUUGUUUUGUAUUUUUUUUUUUGUUUUUUCUCUCCCUUCAUUUUAUACUUUUCCCAAUGGAAAGAAAGCUUCUUAAGUGCUGUGCAAAUGGUUUCUUCAUGUGGUCUGACAGUUACAUUUUUUUUUUGCCAUCUUUUUUUUUUUUUAACUAAGGAAAAAAAUAUACCAGAAGAGGGCAAAAAUAAACAUCAAAAAUUGACAUUUUAUCCAGAAGAACAUUUGAAUGCCGAAUUUAUCUGAAGGUGUAGAUAGAAUUUUUAUUUUAUUUUAUUUUUUUGUGGGGGGGUGUGUUUAAAAGAAACCUGAUGUCUAAAGAUGGGCAGACAGAGUGGAAGUAAAUUGUCUUCCUCAGAAAUUAAGCUACUUUUCUCUUUUUUUUUUUCUUGA